AUGUACUCAGUCGAGCCGAAAAUCAAAGUCACCACAACUGAUUGCCUGUUUUGUUCUAGCAUAACAAGUUUGUAUGAGAAGUUUGUUGAGAAAAACAACGAUAUAUCGGUGUUGUCUCUUUCUCACAAUGUGGCCCAGUACAUCCAAGGUGGUAAGAUAUUAUGUGCCACUCCUUGGCGUUUGGUUGAUCAUGUUGUUAUGCCUAUCAAUGUCAAAUUACAGGAUCAUUGGAUUUGUGGUCGUCUAAACAUAGUUGACAGGCGGAUAUAUCUGUACAAUUCAUUGCGUUCUGGAAGGUAUAUGACAGCUGCAAAAGAGGCUUGCAAGCCUUUUUCUGUUAUUUUACCAUAUUACUUCUCUAUGUUAGACUUCAAAGGCCUUCGCAACGAAGCUAAGUUUAGCACGAUGGAACCGUUCCCUAUUGUUGCUGUUGAUGGUUUACCCGAGCAGGUCACAGCUGAUUGUGGUGUUUUUGUAGCAUCAUUUGCUGAGUAUUUCAUUGAUGGCAAACCCAUCCCAUCCUCUGGUUUUGAUGUGGAAAUUCACCGCGAUCGUUUGGCUGUGUUAUUUUAUCAAUAUGGCAUGAAGAAGCAACUUGAGAACAUUGAAAGUGAAUCCGAGGCCCCUCCCAGCCUUCCCAAGAAGUGA